ACGCCAGUGAAGGCUGUAACACCGCACUGUGCAGGAUCAACCGACGAGUAACACUGCAGGCUCUCUUCGCCAUCGGAACACAGCCGCUCAGCAUGAGUUCCCUCGCUGCCGGUCUGCUGGUCCUGGUGCUCCUUUCCCAGGAUGCUUGGUGUGCUCUGCAGGCUAGUCUCGCAACAGGGGGCGCCUGCCCGCCGCCCUUCACGAAGAUCGGUGACGAAUGCUUUUACUUGAGUGAUGUCAAGAAAAACUGGAACGACGCCCGAAGGCAGUGCCAGGGCAUGGGCGGAGACCUCGCUGUGCCCUCCGACGUGCCUGCCCUCGACGCCUUCGUGUUCGGCAAAGUGGAGGGCCCCGGAGUAUGGAUAGGCGGCACCGACCAGUACAACGAAGGCGUGUGGAACUACAUCAACGGAGACCCAAUCAAGGCCCAGGACUGGUCUAAGUCACAGCCUGAUAAUUUGGGCGGCGAAGACUGCCUGGAGAUCCGAAGUUACUUUGAUCCUCCGGUGAACGAUUACAUUUGCUCCGUGGAACAGCACUUUGUCUGCGAGAUUGAAAUCUCGUGUCCCAAACCUUUCAUCAGGAUUGGAAUGGAAUGCUUCUAUCUGAGCACGACGGCCCUGUCAUGGAACGAGGCCCGUCGGCAGUGCCAGCAAAUGGGCGGCGACUUGGCUGUGCCCUCUGACGUCAAGGCGCUUGACACCUACGUCUUCGCUAAUACAAAGGGCCCCGGGGUGUGGAUAGGCGGCACCGACCAGUACAACGAAGGCGUGUGGAACUACAUCAACGGAGACCCAAUCAAGGCCCAGGACUGGUCUAAGUCACAGCCUGAUAAUUAUGGCGGCAGAGAAGACUGCCUGGAGAUCCGAAGUUACUUUGAUCCUCCGGUGAACGAUUACAUUUGCUCCGUGGAACAGCACUUCGUCUGCGAGAUUGGAAUAGUUCCUGAAAUCUCGUGUCCCAAACCUUUCAUCAGGAUUGGAAAAGAGUGUUUCCAUUUGAGCACAACAGCCCUGGCAUGGAACGCGGCCCGUCGGCAGUGCAAACUAAUGGGCAGUGACUUGGCUGUGCCAUCUGACGUCAUGGCUCUUGACGCUUAUGUCUUCGCUAAGACAAAGGGCCCCGGGGUGUGGAUAGGCGGCACCGACCAGUACAACGAAGGCGUGUGGAACUACAUCAACGGAGACCCAAUCAAGGCCCAGGACUGGUCUAAGUCACAGCCUGAUAAUUAUGGCGGCAGAGAAGACUGCCUGGAGAUCCGGAGUUACUUUGAUCCUCCGGUGAACGAUUACAUUUGCUCCGUGGAACAGCACUACGUCUGCGAGAUUCAGGUUUGAGGGAUUCACAAGAAGAAGGAAUGUUGGGUGGAUCUCAUCUACGACCACAGCGUUUAUGGGAAGUCUAUUCAGUUUCUUGAAUAAUCUUACUUCUACUAGUCCUUUGAGAAACACGAUAAGCAAUAUAUCAAUAAGUUUAUUCAGAGAAAGAAAGAAAAAAAAUCGUUACAUUGCAUUCGGACCAAGUGUAUGCCUAGGGACAACUUCGUUUCAUAUAUUUUCUUUCAAUUUUCUAUUCUUAGGUACGGUUUCAGGAAAAUGACAAGAGGUAAAGUAAAUGUACAAAAGGGUGCCAACUCUCUUCUUUUACUUUCUUUUACCAACUAGAAUUUAAGAAGCGUUGAUUUUAGAAUGCAGCCGAAAAUGAGAAAACAGAACAGACGAAGUUUGUAAAUGGAACUAGAACAUAAUAUUUGAAGUGCAGGAAAUACCCAAUUAGUGUGCACUUCACUAGGUCGCCAUCUGAAUGAAGAAAAAAAUCAAAAUUGCAGGAAAUACCCAAUUAACGUGCACUUCAC